UCCUACACCUCCAGGAUGUGACAGAUACAGAGCAGGUCCUGGUCGGGCAGUCACUGCUGUUGUGUUGUGUGUGGAGAUCUCUGCUCCUCAGUGUGUGAUCCCUGUAGUAAGGAGAUUACAUGAGGAGGAGAUUAUGGAUCAGGAGAAAGAUCUCAACUCUAUUAAUGCUCCAGAUAUAAAGGAAGAAGAAGAGGCAGAUAUGAGCAGUGAUGAUCAGUAUAAGGAGGACAUUCCUACAAGGAAACAUCGGAAAUCUAUCAGUGCUACAGACAUAAAGAAUGAAGAGGAGACAGAUGUGAGCAGUGAUGAGCAGUAUAAGGAGGGCAUUCCUACAGCGAAAUGUAUGAUCUAUAUUAAUGCUACAGACAUAAAGAAAGAAGAAGAGAUAGAUGUGAGCGGUGAUGAGCAGUAUAAGGAUAUUCCUACAAGGAAAGAUAUGAACUAUAUUAAUGCUUCAGACAUAAAGAAAGAAGAGGAGACAGAUCUGAGUGGCAAUGAGCAGUAUAAAAAGGACAUUCCUACAGGGAGAGAUCUGAUAUAUAUUAUUACUACAGACCUAAAGGAAGAAGAAGAGACCGAUUUGAGCUGUGAUGAGCAGUAUAAUGAGGACAUUCCUACAGGGAAAGAUCUGAACUAUAUUAAUGAUCCAGACAUAAAGGAAGAAGAAGAGACAGAUGUGAGCGAUGAUGAGCAGUAUAAGGACAUUCCUACAAGGAAAGAUCUGAACAAUAUUAAUGAUACAGACAUAAAGGAAGAAGAAGAGACAGAAGUGAGUGGUGAUGAGCAGUAUAAGGAGGAAAUCCCUACAGAUAAGCACCCAGAUGCCAUUGCAGGGAAGAAGCCAUCCCCAUGUUCAGAACAUGGGAAACAUAUUACUGUGAAGUCAAAUCUGGUUCAACCUCGAAGGACUUCCACAGGGAAGAAGGUAGUGUCGUGUUCAGAAUGUGGUAAAUGUUUUACUCGGAAAUCGUAUCUUCGAAUACAUCAAAGAUUUCACACAGGAGAGAAGCCAUUUUCUUGCUCAGAAUGUGGCAAAUGUUUUACUCAAAAAUCAGAUCUGAAAAGUCAUGUGAGAACUCACACAGGGGAGAAGCCAUUUUCAUGUUUGGAGUGUGGCAAAUCCUUUACCUCUAAACCAGAUCUUACUAAACAUCAAAGAAUUCACACAGGGGAGAAGCCAUUUGCAUGUUCAGAAUGUGGAAAAUGCUUUUCUGCGGUAUCACAGCUUGUUCAACAUCAAAGGAUUCACAUGACAGAGAAGCCAUUUGCAUGUUCAGAAUGUGGGAAAGGCUUUACUACAACCUUACAUCUUGUUGAACAUCAAAGAAGUCACACAGGAGAGAAGCCAUUUGCAUGUUCUGAGUGUAGUAAAUGUUUUGUUCGGCGAGCAGAUCUUAUUAGACAUCAACAAACUCACACAGGGGAGAAACCAUUUUCAUGUUCAGAAUGUGGCAAAUGCUUUGCUCGGAAAUCGCAUCUGGAUGGACAUCAAGGAACUCACACACGCGGGAAACCAUUUGAAUGUUCAGAAUGUGAAAGAUCUUUUACUAAGAAGUCAGGUUUUCUGAAACAUCAAAGAACUCACACAGGGGAAAAGGCAUUUUCUUGUUAGAAUGUGGGAAAUGUUUUAGCAAUAAAUCACAUCUUGUGUUCCUUCAAAGACCAUCAAGAGAGAAGACAUUUCCUGAUUUAUUUUCCAAGAAAGAAAUAUAGAACUGGUACAAGUUUUGUAUCUUACAAGAGAAAGGGAAAGCAACAUAGAGUGCUACAUGAUGAUUAAAAAAUGUCUGUAUUGACCAAUAAGUGAUAUCUUUAAAGAGAAACUGACAGUUCACCCGCACUAAGCCCGGUAUACUGGGUAAUAGUGCGGGUGAACCGCUUUAUAAUGAUGGGUCACUCACUUAAAUUUGUUCAGGAGGUGCAGAGUUAUGUUGGUAAAUACCUACAUAUUAUUCCUAAUUGUGCAUUGGAGGCAGGGAGCCGGCUGGCAAAGCUCCCCUGUCUCCUCCAUAUUCCCCUGUUGACCUUGCCUGCUUUAUUAUUAUGCUAAUGAAGGUGAAUGUAAAAGAAAAAUAAAGUGUUAAAAAAAAAAAAAAAGAAAUAA